CUUAUUUAGUAUUUGCAUCUGAGAACGAAACUACAAUUUUUCAUUUCAUUUUGUAUUUCGUUUAUUAUAUAUUACAAUUUGUUUCUUAAUAUAUUCCCAUCGAAUAUAUCAUCAUUAAAAUAUUUUGUUAAUAUCUAAAUUUCUUCAGCACACAUUAGCAAAGCAUAUUUGUACAUCUAACUAAAACGACCAUGCCUGGAAACAAAGAUUUGAGAACGCUUUUAAAAUUCACUCGCCUUACUGACAAUGCUUUCCCGCCAGUAAAAGGUUCAGAUCGUGCAGCAGGAUUUGAUUUAAAAAGUGCCUAUGAUUAUAAAGUUCCCGCUAAAGGCAAAGAAUUGGUAAAAACAGAUUUACAAAUUGAAUUGCCUUCUGGUUGUUAUGGAAGAGUUGCACCAAGGUCUGGCUUAGCUGUCAAAAACUUUAUUGAUGUUGGAGCUGGUGUUAUUGAUGAAGACUACAGAGGAAAUGUUGGUGUAGUGUUAUUCAAUCACUCUGAUCAAGACUUUGUUGUUAAAAAAGGUGAUAGAAUAGCUCAACUCAUAUGUGAAGUGAUUUUUCACCCUGAAUUACUUGAAGUAGACAACUUAACUGAAACACAUAGGGGAGAUGGUGGUUUUGGCUCUACAGGAACACAGUAAAAUAAAACAUUAAAUAGUUUAAAAGAUAUGUAAUUAAGUUUAUUUUAUGAAUAAAUGAUUAUAAAAAUAUC